UCAUGCUGCUGCCAGGUCCAGAGUGUCUCAUGGGUCCCUGUACGGCCUCCCAUUGCUGCUGUCUCCAUCGCCACACUCUGCCAUGUGCCACUUUCAGGUCUCCUCACACUGCUGGUGGGUUCCAUUUUGUCAUAGGGUGCUGGCAGAUUACGGGCCUCCCAUUGCUGCUGCCAGGCCCGUAAUCUGCCAUGGGCCCCGUACCGACCUCCUCAUGCUUCUGCCAGGCCCGUAAUCUGUCAUGGGCCCCUGUACGCCCUCCUCAUGCUGCUGCCAGGUCCAGAGUGUGUCAUGGAUCCCUGUACGGCCUCCCAUUGCUGCUG